AUGACAGAAGGCUGUUCGAUGUUCCAGACUCGCCUCGUGGCUUUGGAGGCUGAGCUGUCCCGCAUCCAGGAAGUGAGCAGUCACCAGAGGAAACGCAUCGCUGAGAUCCUCAACGGGCUGAUGAGGGACUUGAGCGAGUUCAGCACAAUAGUUGGAAACCGGGACAUCAAGCUGCCGUCGGAUAUCACCGGCGCCAUCGAGGAGGAGUUCACCGUGGCGCGCCUCUACAUCAGCAAGAUCAAGUCGGAGGUGAAGUCUAUGGUGAAGCGAUGCCGUUACCUUGACAACCUGCAGAUGGAGUGUCAACGCAAGAUGGAGGAGACAGGCAAAGAGCUGUCCUCAUGUCAACUCCUGGUCUCACAGCAUGAGGCGAAGAUCCGCUCGCUGACUGAGUGCAUGCAGAACGUGGAGCAGAAGAAGCGGCAGCUAGAGGACAGCUAUGACUCUCUGAAAGAGGAACUGGCCAAACUCCAAGCUCAAGAGAGUGUGUCUCGGGUGGCCAUGCGGGAGAAUCACACCACGGUCCAGAAAUCAGCCAGGAUAAAGAGGGCCAUGGAGCAGCAGAUGGCUUCACACAGAGAGGCUCACAGCAAACAGCUCAGCCUCCUGAGAGAUGAACUGAGCGAGAAGGAGAAGACCAUCGACCAGCUCACAGAUUGUAACCAGAAACAACAGUUAGAACUAGAUCAACUCCAAGAGGACUUUGAGAGUCUGAAGAGCCAAGAACAUCUGAAGAGCCGGCAGCUGGAGGAGCUAACGUUUCUUAAUGAGCGCCAUGAGCAGUCCAAGCAAGACCUCAAAGGCCUGGAGGAUACUGUCGCGCGUGAGCUCUACAGCCUGCACAACCUUCGUAAACUGUUUGUUCAAGACCUCACCACUCGCGUUAGAAAAAGUUCAGACCUGCACUUCAGUGACAGCGGAGGAUAUUUCACUCAGAAACAGAAGAUUUCCUUUCUCGAGAACAACCUGCAGCAGCUUUCAAAAGUUCACAAACAGCUGGUUCGGGACAACGCAGACCUGCGCUGUGAGCUCCCGAAGCUGGAGAAACGCCUUCGUUCCACAGCUGAGCGGGUCAAGGCUCUGGAGGGUGCGCUGAAGGAGGCCAAGGAGGGGGCCAUGAAGGACCGCCACCACUAUCAACAGGAAGUGGAGCGCAUCAAAGACGUGAUGAUCAGGACGCGCCCCCCUUUCCGCCGCCCACACGCAGCGCAGAUCGCGAAGCCAGUGCGUCCAGGCCAUUACCCGCUGUGUCCUCCCUCCAAUCCUUUCCUGAGCCACGGCUUCAGUCAGCACCCGUUGGGCCUCAGCGAUGUGGUAUUCUACAACAAAAACAAACAGGAAGCAGAAGAUCCCGCAGAGCCGCUUUCUCCAAACAGUGACCCGGAGUCCACACAGAGCAGCCCCACCAAGAGGCCCCACUCACCAGACAGCCAGGACUGUGAUAGUGAACUUCAAAAUACAGUUCUUCCAGUGGAACCGGUCACAGCUGCCAACAGCACUACAGAGACUCUCGAUACUGAAAAUGGAAACACCACUGACAUCAAUGACAACAGCAUGUGUCUCAAUGUGAAUUCUGUCUCCACAAGCGUCAUCUGUGACAAUCAGGACCAAAUCCAGCUCUACACACGGCAGUCAGAGGCCUCAGCCAGCUAA